AUAGAAAGGAGCAACUUGUCAUGGUGGAUGGAAAGGAGAGACCUCUCAGUGGUGGAUGGAAAGCAGAGACCUGUUGAUGAUGGAUGGUAAGGAGAGACAUUUUAUGCCCAUCCUAAAAAUGACAUCCUGUCAUUUUAGGAUAGGCAAGAAAGACCAGUCAGUGAAGGAUAGGAAAGAGAAAUCGGUCAAUGGCGGAUGGGAAGGAGAGGCACGUGAGUGGAGGAUGAGAAGGAACAAGUGAGUGUGACGGAUGUGAAGGAACAACGACCGGGUCCUGAGAUAAGUAAACAUGAAGUGUCUCUUGAGGACGUCCGCGGGCAGUUGUCUAGGUCUUCAUGCCCAGCUUAUGAGGCUGGCAGCUACUCGACUCAAGAUACGGCAGUUGUCAGCGAGGUCUGAAAGUUAUGCUCCAGUCAGUAUGGCAUAUACUUCCUUGCAACAAACUGUACCCGAGAAGAUUAGUAAGGAACCACCAAUUAUCAUUAUGCAUGGCUUGAUGGGUUCCAAAACAAAUUGGAAAUCACUUGGAAAGGUCAUCAAUGCAAAAACUGGAAGACAUGUUUACACAGUGGAUGCUCGCAAUCAUGGUGACAGUCCACAUACAUCGCAGCAUUGUUACCCCUUGCUGGCCGAAGAUAUCUUAUUUUUCCUCGACGAGCACAGAAUUCCUAAGGCAGUACUCGUCGGCCACAGCAUGGGAGGCCGUGCUGUCAUGUCUGUUGCUCUGAAGAAGCCAUCUGUUGUGGACAAGUUGUUUGUGCUGGACGUUUCACCUGUGGGAACUUCCAGAGACAUAUCAAGUUUGCCACGCUUUUUGGAAAUAAUGCGGCGAAUAGAGGUACCUCCACACCUCAAUAUGCAGGAAGCUCGGAAGUACACAGAUGAAAUACUGAAACCAGCUGUACCAGCACUGAACUUGCGGCAGUUUUUACUCACCAACCUUAUUAGCACCGAAGAAGGCUACAAAUGGAGACUUAAUAUUGAGUCUAUUGCAAAAAACUUCAAUCCAUUUAUAUCUACCUUCCCAAUCUUAGAUGAAUAUAGAGCAUAUGAGGGUGAAACAGCCUUCAUUGGAGGUGAAUUAUCAGAUUACCUGAGGAAGGAAGAUGAACAAGCAAUUCUGGAACUUUUUCCUCAAUCCUCAUUCCAUUACAUAGAAGGAGCAGGACACUGGUUACAUGCUGAUAAACCCAAUGAAUUUUUAGAAUUGUUUUUUAGUCUUUUAAAUUCUUAAUUAUGUAAAGCUAUGUGAAAUUAUAGGAAGCAUAUUGCACAAACAUCAGAGAUAUGUGUACAUUUUUAGAAGUUUAAAUCCCCCUGUAUAUACCAUAUAUACUUUUAUUAGAUAAAUGUACGAUAUGGACAGUACUGUACAGUAUUAUGGUUACUAGGGUAUGUGUGGACACAUUGACACAUGAGCCUUUUAGCCCAUGCAUAAAAUGAAACACACACACACUUAACUGUAUAUAUGCACACAUAUGUACAGCAUAUACAGUACAAUAAUCGCAAAUAAUGUACAUGUGUACACACGGGCAUGACUUACAUGUACACACCAAUGUGUACGUGCAUGCACAUGCAAGCACUGGUCAUCCCCCGACAUGCUCUUGUAGCAGUCAUUUAAAUUUAAAUUCUUGACAAAAUAUUAAAAACAGGUUGUGAUACUGUAUAAGAAUGUUUUAUAUGCUAGAAAACAAAUUCGCACAUUCUAUAGGUAUGUAAUAGAAAAAAGCAUAUGCUGCUGUCAUUUUUUAGACUUAACUGGACACAGUAUAGUAACCAGAAUGUGGAUUGUACAUUCAAAUCUUUUUGUGUUUUAAAUUUACCUGGACACAAUACCAGAAUGUGGGUUGUAAAUUAUUUAAGUGCUUUUAUACGUAUUUCUGAGCUAAGGUUCCUCGUUUGCUCCCUUGAGCUAGCGGCUUACGGUGUAUAGCUACAAGGACAUUCUGCUUUCCAGACUGUAAUUACUUGUUUGCAGAGUUAGGGAAGUGAGAUAUUAGUGAAUCUAAAUUCGAGCCACCACUGAGUGAGCAACUCUGUAAUAAAAAAACAAACUUUGGAAGCAAUAUAUCCCCCUUCAGAUGAAAAUUUGAGUUAAAUAAUGUCUAUUCUCACUCUGUUAAUUUAACAAUUUAGCGAUCCAGUGACACAUUUUCAUAGCAUCUUUAAUUUACCAAAAACAUUCCAAUGACUUUAAAAUGCAUCAGCCUCUCUCAGAAUGUCUGAAAAUCACUUCAUUAACCAUUUUACAUAUUCAUGAUGAAACUCUUGAAAUAUUUGAGUACAGUGUGGGCAGAGCUUAUCUGGGGACCAACCAGAGAUCACUUGGUUGGUCCAAGACGGUAAUUGCUCUGCCAGUGUUCAUUUUCUCUGCUUUCAAAAUAAGCUGACAACAUGGUAUGAAAGUUGUUUUUCUUAUUACAGCUUUAGAGACCAAUCAACUGCAGUAGUAACUAAGAUGAAUUUCUUUCAAUUUAUCAUUGAAAUUUUGUCACUGUGCAUGAGCUUUUCAUCCUUUAACGGUAACUUCACUCUGUGUGGCCAGUUGUUUGCAUGCCACUAAGCUUCAAUAUGAUGGAGCUUCCCUUAAGUUGCUCCCCUACUUUGGUGGUGCCUAGGCCUUCUUCUGCCAUUGUAGCUGGCUUAGUUGGGUAACCGAGCAGCCUUUGCUGAGAAAUAGGAAGUUAAGUGAAAUGAAAUGCUCCUUUCUGAUCCAAUCCCUCAAUUACUCUCCUUCCAUCUCUUUAUUCAGUCUUUGCAGAGCAUGCUUAGAUGGCCUGGCAAUUAGUGAUGUUGCUGGCUCCACUGAUCCUGUUGUGGCAGUGGUGCUGCAUCUGGUGGUGACUUCAGCACUGACUGAUUGCCCAGCUUCUGGCAUAGCAAUUUAACAUUAUUUUAUUCACAGGUUUGCUUGGAAGGUGUUUAUUGAAUCUAAUAUUUGUUGUUAUAUAUUACAAGAAGUUGGUCUCGGUGAUGGCUCGAGUUUAGAUUCACCCCUUUCUUCCUUCUCCAACUACGGACUAGAUUAUUUGCAAAUUUACUAGUCAUAAUGGUUGAACUAUUUAUUAGAGCUUGGUGAAUUAGAAUUCUUCUCUCUAGACCCAUAGAAGCCACUGGCUCAAGGUAGCAACUAAGGAGAAGCCACUGGCUUAAGGUAGGAACUAAGGAACCAGCUUUGAAAAGAACAUUUAAUUUUAACGCCAUAUUUAUUUAUUGUGAGAAGUGGUAUAUUAUAUAUGGUAUUUCUUUGACUCAGGAGGAAGCUUCAGGAAAUGUUGAUUAUUUUGUAAAUACAUUGACUGCAAUAAACAUCAAAGAAA